CCAUUGAAACUCUAUAUAUGCGGACGGUGUUCCAGCCUUACUUAUUGGAAAUUAUCACUGUUGUCCGAAUAUUACUGUGCAGUAACUGUAUUGAACGAAUCAAUGGCUCCGAUUGCAGUUGGUGACUCAAUUCCAGAUGGAACCCUAGCUUAUUUCGACGAGAAUGAUCAACUCCAGAGCGUUUCAAUUCACUCCCUUGCCGCCGGCAAAAAGAUCAUACUUUUUGCCGUUCCCGGUGCUUUCACUCCCACUUGCAGCAUGAAGCAUGUUCCUGGGUUCAUCGAGAAGGCUGACGAGUUGAAGUCAAAGGGUGUUGAUGAAAUCUUGUGCAUCAGUGUCAAUGACCCAUUUGUGAUGAAGGCAUGGGCAAAAACUUACCCUGACAAUAAGCAUGUUAAGUUUCUAGCCGAUGGCUCUGCAAGUUACACUAAGGCACUUGGUCUUGAGCUCGACCUCUCGGAGAAAGGGCUUGGCACUCGGUCCAGGAGGUUUGCUCUUUUGGUUGAGGACUUGAAGGUGAAAGUUGCUAAUAUUGAGGAAGGUGGAGAGUUCACAGUUUCCAGCGCCGAAGAUAUCUUAAAAGCUCUGUAAUUUGUCCGUUCCCCCUACGGGUUCUUUAUUCUGUCGUUGAACUUCCGUUUUACUUUAUAAUAUCCUCGUAUGUCUCGUUUACUCGUGUAAAGUAUUUGAGCUUUUUCAAUCGAAGUGAUAUUUGGUUAUGUGUGAAACAUCUGUUGCUUCUUUCCAAAGUUUACAUUUUGAAUUUGGUUCUUUA